UGACGUUGGUUUCUCUUCUACCGGUUUUAUCGUCGAGCUGCUAGCAUGCAGUUAGCUUUCCUGAUCGAAGCAACUUCUUAAAUUAGGCUUCCGUAGCUCACGCGGUGUCUAAAGGCCUGAAUAAGUCACUUCACCGUUGCUUACAUAGUCUAAAUGUUUUUAGUGCAUGGUCGAUCUUCUUUGAUACAUGAAUAUCGAUCUGUUCCGAUUGCAGGAAAGUGUUGUUGUUUGUAUAAGGGGAACGAGAGCUAACUAGCUAGCUGCGUUAUAGCAUGACAGAUUUGCUCAUACAUAUAUAUUUAGCUGCAUACUGCUAUAGCAGUGAUCAGUGUGUAAUAUGCGCUUGACUUUUCUUUAAAUACUGAAAUUAUGAUCAGGGUGUUUGUCUUGAUGUAGGCACAUAAAGCAUCUGGCUUCGAUCCGGUUAGGACAUAGCAUUUUUAGCAGACCGCUGUCUGUGAAAAAGCUUCGUCUUUGUGUUGUGGAUCCGACAGAAACGCACAGCAGCCGGAGUUCCAAGCAGCACAUCGGAGACACGGUGGACUGCUGGUGUUCUGAUGUAGACAUCUCCCUCUACCUCACGUCACUUUCUUCCUCAAUCCCAACGUCCUCUGAGACAGCUGAACACUGUGGAACUGCUGUAAAAGUUGUGAUUCAGCAUGAAGCUGGUUGAAAACUCAUGGGAUACGAACAUGUCGGAGGUUGGAGAGCGUCGGCAAGUCAACACAGAUUAUGCCGUUUCAGUGCUGGAACAGCUGAAGUUUUUCUACGAGCAGAAGUUGUUGACUGACAUCACUCUGCUGGUGGAGGAGAGUGAGUUCCCCUGCCAUAAAAUGGUGCUGGCCACCUGCAGCUCUUACUUCAGGGCUAUGUUUAUGAGUGGGCUCAGUGAGAGCAAACAGACACAUGUUCAUCUUAGAAAUGUUGACCCCAUCACACUGCAGACCAUCAUAACCUAUGCUUACACCGGGAACUUAGUCAUCAACGACACCACUGUGGAACCUCUCUACGAGACGGCCUGUUUUCUUCAGGUGGAGGAUGUUUUACUGCAGUGUCGAGAAUACUUGGUCAAAAAAAUCACUGCUGAAAACUGCGUCCGCAUGCUAAGCAUCGGUGACCUGUUUAGUUGCACAGAGUUGAAGCAAAGUGCUAAGCGCAUGGUGGAGCACAAAUUUCCUGUCGUCUACCGACAGGAGGCUUUCCUGCAGCUCUCACACGAGCUUUUGCUGGACCUCCUGAGCAGCGAUAAUCUCAAUGUGGAGAAAGAGGAAACGGUACGUGAGGCAGCCAUGCUGUGGCUGGAAUACAACAUGGAAGCACGUUCUCAGUAUCUUUCCUCCGUACUUAGCCAGAUUCGAAUUGAUGCCCUUUCUGAGGUGACCCAACGUGCCUGGUUCCAAGGUCUUCCACCAAACGACAAAUCAGUGGUAGUGCAAGGCCUGUACAAGUCUAUGCCAAAGUUUUUUAAGCCCAGACUGGGAAUGACCAAGGAAGAAAUGCUCAUUUUUGUAGAGGCUGAUCCACCAGCUGAAAGCCACCCAGUCGUGAUAGGGCCACGUCACACAGUGGUCUGUUACAGCCCUCAAGCAGAGAAGGUCUACAAACUGUGUAGCCUGCCUGGAGACUUGCAGAAGGUUGGGACAUUGGUCACCCCAGACAAUGAUGUGUUCAUUGCCGGUGGACAGAUACCACUGAAGAGCACUCUAGCUACCCACGGCAGCAAAAGUGGCAAACUGCAGGCUGCCUACUGUUCAGUGGACAGCUUCUACUGGCUGGAUGCCCAGCAGAAUGCAUGGGUGGCCAAAACGCCGAUGCUCUAUGCUCGUACUAAACCAUCACUGGUGUAUUGUCAGGGUUUCAUUUACGCUAUUGGUGGUGAUAAUGUGGGUGGUGAGUUAAAUAAGCGCACAGUGGAACGCUACGAUUGUGAGCGGGAUGAAUGGAGCUUGAGCAGCCCUCUUCCCUGCGCGUGGAGUUGGAGCACAGCGGUAAUGGCCCGGGACUGCAUCUAUGUCAUGACACAUGACCUCAUGUACUGCUACUUCCCUCGAGCUGACACUUGGGUGGAAAUGGCCAUGCGGCAGACUAGUCGCUGCUUUGCUUCAGCCGCUGCAUUAGGAGACCUCAUCUUCUAUAUUGGUGGUCUGCAUGUGGUGGGCAACUCGGGUUUGCGUCUGCCAACCAGCACUAUCGAUGGCUCCUCCGUUACGGUAGAAAUAUACGAUGUCAACAAAAACGAAUGGCGUCUGGCUGCUAACAUCCCAGCCAAGAGAUAUUCUGACCCCUGUGUGCGUGCUGUGGUGCUACUGAAUACGCUAUGCAUCUUUAUACGUGAGACACACUUAAACGAGCGGGCGAAGUAUGCUCUCUAUCAGUACGACCUGGAGCUCGAUUGCUGGUCCUUGCGGCAGCCAGUGUCAGAACGUGUGCUCUGGGAUCUCGGCAAAGAUUUCCGCUGUGCCGUGGGUAAAUUAUACCCGUCCUGCCUUGAUGAAUCUCCCUGGAAGCCACCCACUUACCUCUUCUCUCCUGAUGGAGCUGAGGAGUUUGAGGUGGAUGAGGACAUGGUGUCACUGCCUCAUGUAUAGUUAAUGGUGUCGUUUUUAAAACUAACCUGUAAUUUAUCCACUGUUCUGGAAUAAUGCUCUUCUGUUUUGAGAGGAAAGGUGACGGUCUUCCCUUAAUGCCUAGCGUGUUCAUGGAGAUCAAAAGUUUAAUUGCAAUCUAAAAUGUUUAAUUCAAAUUUUGACCCAUUUCCGACACUUGUAGUUUUGAUCAUUCUCAUAGCAAGUUUGAGAACAUAAGUAUUUCAUUUCUCUCAUCAUUACAAGUUUGGCAUACUGUUUUAACAAUUUGAUGGUGCGAAUGAUGCGAUUCAACCUCUGGCAACUGUACACCCAGAGUUUGUAAAUUUCUCACUCUUCUUUUGUCCAGUUCAUCUUCCAGAAAUCAGUUGCUCACCUUUCUCCUAAAUGUCACCAGGGUAACAAGUGGUUCAUGGGGUUGGCGGGAUAUUUUGUACUGAAUGUCAUUUUUGAUGUUUUGGUUCGCCGCUGGUUUGGUGAUUUGCUUGACAUUGAUUUUGUUGUUAUUGUUGUGCUGUAUUAUCAUAGUUCACGUUCUCUGUGGUCUGUCUGUUGACCCAUCUUGGAUACGACAUAAUUUGACCUCUUAAAAGGAUAGGUUUCACACUUACAACCACAAACACACUAGCGAUACCUCAGGGUGCUUACCAGUCUUGUUUCCUGCUCAGUUUACCAUAUCAUUUAUUUCUCUCUCCCUCAUUCAAUCUUGUGUGUAUGUAUGUAUGUAUGUGUAUA